AUGGUUGCCAUCGGCAGGCGAUGCCAGUCGUACAGUCGCAUGUUCAAUGCCUCAUCGAAAUACAAGACGUUGUCCAUGAGUGUCAACCCGUUCAACGUGUACGUCGCUCGGGAAUCCCUGGUGGGUGCGCUUAGGAAACAGCCGAAGCUUCUCUCUUCCCCGGUCUCUGCGCAAUCACAACUUCUUGCGUUUGCGGCUGCUCCGGGGUCUUUAUCCUCACCUGCCCGUGGGGGGAUCUUCAUUGUCUUCCACUACUCGAUCUCUGCUCCAGAACAACCCCGUCGAACAUUCCUGUUCGACUGGUCGGAACCCAAGAGACGAAGGACCGCUCGGCCAGUCUACUACCAAGAGCCUCCCACGUGCACAUGGCAAGACAAUCGUCUCGAGCAAGGACUAUGCCGUGAAAGAACUCGACGCUUCUACUCGCGUCGCGAUACUUGCGAAGGACAACACCCCGUGCACGCCCACUGCUCAGCCGGAGUCCGGCGGAGCGGCGGGUUCACCACCAUCGACGCGUCCGCUGCAAGAUGCAGAAGCACAAGGAGGGCUAGGGUCAUCUCGCAAGCCGCGUCGGAGUUCCAGGCACACUCCAAUGUGUCCAACGAGUACCGCAGAAGCUCCAGCGUCCUCGGCAUGGCCCCACCCGACGCGAUGGAUGUCGAUCCCCCGCAUCCACACAACGGCCCGACGACGAAGGACAGCGCACAGCUCACGGUUCCGGUCUCUGUCGGCCACUGCGAAGUUGAUGUCCCUGUCGCCGGCUUCACCUCGAAGAGCCAGCGGCUGCACGUGUUCGAGUGGUGGCAACAGCGGCGGCUCCGCGGGUCCGAGCAGUGGGAACGCGCGAACCUCCCCGUCCUGCGGCCAAGCUCGCCAGCGAUGAGCGCAUUGGACGGCACUCCCGAGUUCCGUCAUCGGAAGGACGGGGAGGUCUCUCCGAACGAGUGGCACUCGCCCUCGCCCCCUGCAGUGCUCACCGCUGCCGCGGGCACUUCCUCCCCCGCUCCUGUCCUCCUCUGCCAACGCCAAAAUCCGCGGAUGGCAUUCCAGACCUCGGAUGGACGCCCCUCGUCUGACGGCACGAUGCGGGUCGCGGAAGCGUCGCCGCCGCCCCACGACGCGCGCAAGCUGCACUCGGACUCGUCGCCAUCGUUGCUGUUAACGUACGACCCCGACCCGACCCGACCCGGAGUGUGA